UUCGCAGCAGCCCCCGACUCGGAGUUGGUUUAAGCCGGUCAGUCGGCUCAAAUGAAGUGCGGAAAUGUCGCCAUGAGGUUUUGAACAUGGGGGCAAGAUGCUGCACCUUGUCACAAGGAAGGACCGAGCCGCUGGCAGUGGCCUCUAGGAUCCGGAAGGCCGCAAAAACACCCACCUUGAAGACCUACAAGGAGUUCCAGGAUGCCUACUCGCUGAAGGGCCCGGUGAGACCCGGCGCCACUGCGCUGGCAGUGAGUUUGAAGGAGCUGGGCAAAGGUUUCGUGUGUCGCAAGUUGAAGAAGGCCAACUUGCCCUGCAAAGCAGCGGCAGAUGUGGCCAACUACUGCCAGAACCUCAGCGGCCUGGAACACCCGCACAUUUGCAGGUUCAUCGAGGCCUUUGAGGACACGACCUACAUUUACAUGAUCUACGAGAGGGCGGGCACCACCACGCUCUUCGAGCUGAUCCGGGAGCGCGCCUCGCUCACAGAGGAGGAUGCGGCGGACUACCUGCGGCAGGCCGCCAUGGCGCUGUCGGUGGCACACUCGCAGGGCAUCGUCCACGGCAGACUCUCGCCCAAGACGCUCAUUGUUGAUGAGGAGGAUCCUGGUGAGGAGGAUUACGAUGCGCAAAUCAAGAUUUGUGACAUGGGCCAGGGCUUCAUCCUGCGGCCGGCGCUUUUCUCCUGCGAGGAGACGCCUGAGAACGUGGAGAUGGAGCACUAUGCUUGCUCUCCGGAGUACGUGCAAAAGGAGCUGGUGGUCACUGGGACGGCAGACCUGCCGCGCCACGCAGAGAAGAACGACAUCUGGGCGUUGGGGAUGAUCUUCUUCCACAUGCUGUCUGGAAGUUUGCCCUUCCAGGUCACCUCGCGCGCCCGCCUGGCCGAAUCGGUGGGCCAGAAGUUCACCUACGAGGAGGCAUGGGGCAAACUUUCUGCAAGCGCCCGAGAGAUUGUGGAGCAGAUGCUCCGAGUGAACCCGGCCAUCCGGAUCUCCGCCUCCACUCUGCUGAAGCACCCCUGGAUCAAGGUGGCCCGCACCACCUUUCCGCGCCGGCGGAUGGUGCAGCUGCUGAACAACUUGCGGCUGAACGUGCAGGAGAGCGAGCUCAAGCGCUUCGUGCUGCGGGUCAUUGCUGAGCAAUUGCCCAGGGACAGCAAGACAGAGCAAGCUGUCGAGAAGGCCUUCAGAUGCCUCGACCGCAACGGCGACGGAGUUCUCACCGUGGAAGAGGUCGUCAAGGGCUUGAAGAAGCAUUUGGAAGUGAAGGACACAAAGGAGCUGGAGUCCCUCUUCGCACAGGUUGACCGAGAUGGAUCUGGCACCAUCAACGUGCAGGAGUUCCUGGCCGCGGCCAUGGAUCAGAACCGCAUCAGCGGCCUGCCGAUCUUGUGGGAGGCCUUUAGCGCCUUCGACAAGGAUCGAGGGGGCACCAUCAGCAACGACGAGAUCGGCAAGAUCGUGAAGGAAGUGGAGGGCCAACUGGUCUCCAUGGAGGUAGCAGAGAGCUGUGCCUUUGCCAUUCAGAAGGAGCUGGAGCAAACAGGCAACUCCGGGGACCUGGACUUCGAGCAGUUCGUGUACCUCAUGAAGACCCGGCCCAGCUCCACGGAUGCCGCCAACACGCAGCUCACGCGCGCCUGCUGGGCGGGCUUUGGCAUGGACUGCUACCAGGUUCGCCACCGCGAGCCUGAGAGGUGGGACAUCACCAAAGAGAAGUCGCGAGCGAACCGCUCGGUGUACCGCCACCGGCGGCCCAAAAAAAAGGGCGACGAGGAGGAGCCCGUGACUGCUGGAUGAGCCUCUCGCGUUUGGAAGUUCGAGCCGGCCGCCGAUCACCAGAGAUGCGACCUGACGCUUUGUAUCAUACGGUGAAUUCAGCGACCUCUGGAAGAGUUGCCUCAUGGGUAUUCUCCGAAAUCGG